AUGAAGACGCAAGAACCACCCGAUAGCAACCGGCCGGCGCAGGCGUGCCAGGUCGACAUCCCAGAGCAGCCGGACUCUGCUGUCCAGGAAACCUCGUUUGCGGCUGAUGCCUACGACGCAUCCUCCGACCUCCAGGUUCUCGACCACGAACCGAUCCCGGACGAAGAGUGGCAUGCCCAGAACGGACAAUCAUCUGCUCUUGAGUCCCAAUCCAAUCAUCAGCAUGGCACCUACGGUUAUGGCUCCUUCCCCCACACGCUCAGGACCGGCCAUGAUGGCCAUCACAAGUCCACCGCCCGCGCCCUUGCGCCCGACCUCCUGCGAGGAUUUUUGAUGGUCCUCAUGGCUCUCGAUCACAACUCUAUGGUCCUGCAAUCAUGGGACCAUGGGACUGCCGCUCCUCAGGACGAAACUGGCGCUUCUCAGGGCGAAAACGACUCGAUCCCCGUUCACGAGUGGAAUCGCCCGAUUGCUCACCAUAUUCGGGUACUGACCCAUCUAUGCGCCCCGGGCUUUACGUUCCUUCUCGGUAUGGGUAUCGUCUACUUUGGUCGGUCUCGAACCAACCUAGGCUGGUCCACAACUCGCAUGGCCUGGCAUUUCUUCACGAGAGCAGUCGUCUUGACCCUGGUCAUGAUCGUCAUGAGCCUGGGCAUCACCUUGGGAGAUACCUGGUUCCUCAAUAUCGUCUUGUUUGCCUUGGCUGUCGACUAUCUCCUCUCGGGAUUAAUCUGGCUUGUGACCGCCAAGACGGAGAAGAUGCUCGCCUUCAUCAUCCUCAAGGUGCUCCCGGAGAAAAAGGAAGACGAUGCCACCGAACCGCUGCUGGCUAACCGCCGAGGGGUAGAGGAUAUCGCCCCCGACAGGGCCAUCAUUCGUGCCGCCGACAUCUCCUGGCACAUCCACAACGUGGUGCUCUCAGCUCUCGCAGUCGUGACCAUUUGGUGGAACAUCUGGCUCAGUCCCACCAACGGCCACUGCGGCGUCGAACCCGUGCAAAAGCUCCCCGACACCAUCUUGGCUCGCAUCUGGUUCUACCGGGUCUUUGAUACAGAGUGGCGCAUCAUUUCCGUCUUCCCCCCACUGGCCUGGAUUUCAUUCGCCAUCCUCGGUCUCGUAGCCGGCCGCAUCAUCCUCGCCCGCUCGUGGAGCACCAAGGCCAUCGCCAUUGGCAACCUCCUCGCCAGCAUUGUCUUUACCAUCGUCUUUGUAGGCACGCGCUUCCUCAACGCCGGAAACCUUUCUGAAGGGUGCCUCCAUAUGCCCGAGCACGAGAGGCCCGACGCCCCCGACAACCAGUACCUCGCCUCCUGGCGGUCCUUCAUCUACCUGAUCAAAUACCCGCCUGACGUGGCCUUCUGGGCCUUUACCAUGGCGGGCAACCUCUUUCUUUUUGCCUUUUUCAGCGUCAUCCCCCCGCGUCUUGCUACCAUCAUCUUUGAACCCCUCUUGGUGUUUGGCACAUCAGCCUUGUUUUUCUUUGUCGGCCAUUUGACGCUGCAGUUUGCGCUGGCUAAACCCGUGAGGCACUGGUUUGGACAUGUGCUUGCGCACCCGGAUCCUUGGAACCCGGACCAACCGGCCGUGGGGGACGACAAGAUGCUCACGAUCGCCCCGAAGUAA